AAUGCCACAGAAGAAAUGCUGAAGCAGGAGCUUCUGAGUAGGACAUCCUUAGAAACUCAGAAGUUGGAUCUGAUGGCUGAAAUAUCCAACUUGAAGUUAAAACUGUCAGCUGUAGAGAAGGACAGACUGGAUUAUGAAGACAGGUUUCAAGACACAGAGGGACUAAUUCAGGAGAUCAAUGAUUUAAGGUUAAAAGUCAGUGAAAUGGAUAGUGAAAGACUUCAAUAUGAAAAAAAGCUUAAGUCAACCAAAGAUGAACUGGCAUCUUUAAAAGAACAACUGGAAGAGAAGGAAUCUGAAGUAAAAAGGCUGCAAGAAAAGUUGGUUUGCAAGAUGAAAGGAGAAGGGGUUGAGAUUCUUGAUAGAGAUAUUGAAGUACAAAAGAUGAAAAAGGCUGUGGAAUCUUUUAUGGCAGCAAAUGAUGAAAAGGAUCGAAAAAUAGAAGAUCUCCAACAGUGCCUAAACAGGUAUAAGAAAAUGCAAGACACAGUGGUACUGGCCCAAGGUAAAAAAGGCAAAGAUGGUGAAUAUGAAGAUCUGCUCAAUUCCAGUUCCAUCUCUACUUUGUUGGAUGCACAGGGCUUUAGUGACAUAGAGAAAAGUCCAUCAUCUUCCUCAGUAAUGGGAUCUCCCAGUCGUGACCCAUUCAACACAAGUAUUCCAGAAGAGUUCCACACCAGCAUCUUGCAAGUUUCAGUCCCCUCAUUAUUGGCAGCAACUAUAGGAGUGGAAACUCCUGAAAAAACCAAGUUGCCUCUUAAACCAGAGACUUUAUUUGAAGAGAAUGAAGGAAAAGCAAUCCUUGGUGCUGCUAUUGAAACCCAGUUGUGUGAUGGUCUUUUAACUUCAAGUCUGCAAAAAUCCAGCAGCCUAGGCAGUCUGAAGAAGGAGACAAAAAAUGGAAAGGAGUCUAUUCAGAAGCCUUCAGAGGAUAAAGCUUCAGGAGAAAGUAGCACAUUUGGGAGCCUCCCUCCCAAAGUUCCAGGACGAGAUGCCUCCGUGGAUGACAACCCCUUUGGCACUCGAAAAGCAAGAUCUUCCUUUGGCCUGGGCUUCUUUAAAAUCAAAAGUAACAAAAGGACAGCAAGUGCACCAAACUUGGCUGAAACAGAAAAGGAGACAGUGGAGCACCUAGAUCUGGCUGGGACAUCUUCUCAGGCCAGAGAUUCACAGGGAAACAGUCCUUUCCAGAUAUCUCCACCAUCUCCAGAUUCCAAAAAGAAAUCCAGAGGUAUCAUGAGACUCUUUGGAAAACUUAGGAGAAGUCAAUUGACUACAUUCAACCCAGAUGACAUGGCUGAGCCUGAAUUCAAAAGAGGAGGGACAAGGGCAACUGCAGGCCCCCGAUUGGGUUGGUCUCGAGAUAUGGGACAGUCUAACAGUGAUUCGGAUACACCAUUUGCCAAAUGGACCAAGGAGCAAGUUUGUAAUUGGCUUGCAGAACAAGGCUUGGGAUCCUACCUGAAUUCUGGCAAGCACUGGAUUGCGUCUGGUCAAACACUUUUGCAGGCUUCUCAGCAAGAUCUAGAGAAGGAACCUGGAAUUAAGCAUUCACUUCAUCGAAAGAAACUCCAGCUGGCACUGCAAGCUCUAGGAUCCGAGGAAGAAACCAAUCAUGGGAAGCUGGAUUUCAACUGGGUCACUAGAUGGUUGGAUGAUAUUGGCCUCCCCCAGCAUAAGACCCAGUUUGAUGAAGGACAGGUGGAUGGUCGAAUGCUACAUUACAUGACAGUUAAUGACUUACUGUCUUUGAAGGUUGUGAGUGUGCUGCACCACCUCAGUAUCAAAAGAGCCAUUCAGGUCCUGAGGAUCAAUAACUUUGAACCAAAUUGCCUACAAAGAUGACCAUCUGAUGAGAAUAGCAUCACCCCAUCCGAGGUUCAGCAAUGGACCAAUCCUCGAGUGAUGGAGUGGCUGCGCUCUGUGGAUCUGGCAGAAUAUGCUCCCAAUCUCAGAGGCAGUGGUGUCCAUGGUGGGCUCAUGGUUCUAGAACCUCGUUUUAAUGUAGAAACAAUGGCGCAGUUAUUAAAUAUUCCACCAAAUAAGACACUGUUGCGAAGACAUUUGGCCACUCAUUUUAAUCUCCUAAUCGGUGCUGAGGCCCAACAUCAGAAGCGAGAUGCCAUGGAGUUACCAGAUUAUGUACUUUUAACAGCUACUGCCAAAGUGAAGCCAAAGAAACUUACCUUCAGCAAUUUUGGGAAUCUGAGAAAAAAGAAACAGGAAGAUGGAGAAGAAUAUGUUUGUCCAAUGGAAUUGGGACAGGUAUCAGGAAGUGCCACUAAGAAGGGGUUUAAACCUGGUUUGGAUAUGCGCCUAUAUGAUGAAGAUGACUUAGAUCGGUUAGAGCAGAUGGAAGAUUCAGAAGGGACAGUGAGACAAAUAGGGGCAUUCUCUGAAGGCAUCAACAAUCUCUCACACGUGUUGAAGGAAGAUGACAUGUUUAAAGAUUUUGCUGCCCGCUCUCCCAGUGCCAGCAUUACAGACGAAGAUUCAAACGUUUGACCUGGAUGAGCAGUA